AUGGAUUCAAUUCAUUUACUAAAAGCAUAUCCAAUAAAUAUAAACAAAACUAAUUUUGGUAUCCAAGAUCAAGUUGUAGAAUCAGAAUUAUUUAAUGCAGUAUGGAUCCAAAAAGAGAAUUACAACCAAGAGGCAGUUAAAAUGUUAUGUGAAAUGUGGCAAGUACCAGAGAGCUAUCUUGUUGGUAGAUUAAGAUGUGAAGCAGCAUUAAAAUUAAUUUUAAUUGAAAAAAAUAUGGCAGAGGGAUUGUAUUAUUAUAAAUUAGCAGCAAAUGAAAACAAAUCGGUUGAGGCUUUAUUUUCAUUAGCAAAUAUGAAACUUACCAUGACACAAACUUUACAAAGCCACAAAGAAGCAUUUGAACAUUUACAAAUUGCAGUUACACAACCACAAACCAUUGAAUAUGGCGAAGAAGUAUAUACAAAUAAAUUCAUUGUCGAGUCACAAUUAAUGUAUGCUAAUCUCUGUUUUGAAGGUGUUGGUGGCCCAAAAAAUUUAGAAGAAGCAAAGAAAUAUUAUGAAAUGGCAUUAGAAUAUUCUAAAAAUAAAGGUGCACCAUUUGCCAAAUAUGCCAUUAUCCUUUGUAGAGGUGAUGGUGGCGAUGUUAUUCCAAAAGAUUUAGAAAGAGGUUUAUCAAUUUUAAAGGGUAUUAUUGAUCAAGAUGGCGAAGAUACACAACCUGGUAUUAUAUUUUUAUAUGGUAAAUUUUUAUUUAGUAUUAAACCAGAGGAAGCUAUAGAGUUUAUUAGAAAAGCAGCAAAAAAUAAUUAUCCAACCGCCAAAGAUGAGUUAGAAACUUUUGAAUCAAAUUUAAAAAAAUUAAAAUCUGACAACAGUAAUAAUAAUAAUAAUAAUAAUAAUAAUAAUAAAAAAGGAAAAAAUAAUAAAGUAAAAAAAAAUAAUUUAUGUUAA